CGUUGUUCUGCCAACAUCUUGCUAGCUCCACCCUAUACAGUUUAUAUACAUACCAUCAGCAUCAUGGCUGUCAAGAGAAGUCUUUGGAGUCUUACCCUCUUGCCCGGCGAGCGAACACCUCUCUUUGUUCAACGGGACUUUGUUCUUACCAACGCUGCUCUCGGUGAAGAGCUUCGAAGCGAGACUGGGCGAUCGAUCGUCAAAGUCACUCACCAGCCUAUCCCCGCUAGCCUCUUCAACGAUGACUCGGAAUCUGACGAGGAUGAGGACGAGGACGAGGAGGAAUCCGAAGAUGAAUUCGAGCUAGACGAGGUGGAGGGAUUCAAGCUCACUCCCAAGAAGGGCAAGGCCAAUGGGGCUGCUGCUGAGGACGAAGAGGAGGAAGAUGACGAAGAGGAGGAUAACGAGGAGGAAGAGGACGAUGAGGUGGACGGAGAGCUUUCCGAGGACAGCGAGAUGGAUUCCGACUACUCUGAUUCUGAGGAGGGACUCGAGCAGACCAACGUGCUCUGCUCCUUGUUGGCCGGAAGAGUCGAGCAAGCCACUCUCAACCUCACUUUCUGCGAGGGUGACGUUGUUGUUUUCGAGGUGACCGGAGAGAACUCUGUCCACCUCAUGGGCAAUUAUGUCAUCCAGCCAGAACCCGACCUGUCGGAUUCAGAGAUCGACUCUGAAUAUGACUCGGAUGAGCUCUACGACGGACCCGAUGACUUCGACGAGCUUUAUGGUUCCGAGGACGAGGACAUGGAAGACGAGCCAGAAGCCACCAUCGAGGAGAUCGUGGAGAAGGUCGUCGAGAAGCCUAGCAAGAAGGUGGCCGCCGCCAAGGAGGAGAAACCGAAGGCCAAGGCUGUUGAAGCCACCGAGACGAAGAAGCGCAAGGCUGAGGAGAUCGAGUCCCCCGCCCCCAAGGCUGCUACAACCACUCCUGCCGCUUCCACCGAGGGACUUUCUAAAGCUCAGAAGAAGAAGCUCGCAAAAAAGGCCAAGCUUGAAGGUGCCACUGCUGCCGCUCCCACGCCAGCGGCGGCCGCGCCAACUGCCAAUGGAAAUGCCAACAAGAAGAGAACUUUGCCAUCUGGACUGAUCAUUGAGGACAUCAAGAACGGUGACGGGCCAGUGGCCAAGGCCGGCAAGCGCCUGGGCAUGAGAUACAUCGGCAAACUUGAGAACGGCAAGCAAUUCGAUUCCAACACUGCUGGGAAGCCGUUCACGUUCGUACUGGGAAGAAACGAGGUCAUCAAGGGAUGGGAAGAGGGCCUCAAAGGCAUGGCCGUCGGAGGGGAACGCAGAUUGACGAUUCCCCCUGCCAUGGCCUAUGGUUCUCAAAAGUUGCCUGGAAUUCCGAAAAACUCCACACUCAAGUUCGACGUCAAGCUUGUCUCUGUGAACUGAGUUAUGAGGGCAUCCGGUAGGGCAGAAUAGAUGUUGCAUGCAGUCGAGCUUUGCCGCCA